CCUGCUUCUCUUUCUCUUGGAUUGAUUCCUCCAGCAGGAGCGGAAUCUGCCCUGCCUCAUCCUGACGAGCAGAGCUCAGCCAGCAGCGCAGCGCGGAGAUGUUGGCCCUCAUUCACCGGCUCCUGGACUGGUUCAGGUCGCUCUUCUGGAAGGAAGAGAUGGAGCUGACGCUGGUGGGACUGCAGUACUCUGGAAAAACCACCUUUGUCAACGUGAUUGCUUCUGGUCAGUUCAAUGAAGACAUGAUCCCUACAGUCGGCUUCAACAUGAGGAAAGUCACCAAAGGCAACGUAACAAUAAAAAUUUGGGAUAUAGGCGGGCAGCCGCGGUUCAGGAGCAUGUGGGAGCGAUACUGCCGGGGCGUUAAUGCCAUAGUGUAUAUGGUUGACGCUGCAGAUCGUGAAAAGGUCGAAGCCUCAAGAAACGAGCUACACAACUUGUUAGACAAACCACAGCUGCAAGGAAUUCCUGUACUUGUCCUUGGCAACAAAAGAGAUCUCCCCAGCGCACUAGAUGAGAAACAACUAAUCGAAAAGAUGAACCUGUCUGCCAUUCAAGACCGAGAGAUCUGCUGCUACUCCGUUUCAUGCAAAGAGAAAGACAAUAUAGAUAUCACAUUGCAGUGGUUGAUCCAGCAUUCAAAGUCUCGGAGAAGUUGAGAACAGACCCCGUCCUAUACCUGUGAGUCCAGUCCUGCCCUCUUUCCAGCUCCCAGCUCAGCCCAGCGCUCUUCCUGUGACCAGUGACGCAGUCCCUCUCAGCCGCAUCUGUCUGUCCAGUAGCUGCCCGUCUCAUUCAUUCUCUAUUACACACGGACUGUCAGUAAAGCAUCUUCACCAGUGGGCCUCAGACUCCACUCAAAUCAUAAUCGCUUUUUUUUUAUUUUAUCUAAACAUCUUGUUUUGACCAUUUACAAAGUGAUGUGCUUUAAAUCAGUUUCAGGGUUAGUCUCCUUUUCCUUUAUUGUUAUUGUUGGGGUUUUUCUUUUGGUCUGA